UGGGAAUACACCCGCAGUUGAGAGAUAUUUUUAGCGGCUGUGAUAAUAUUUUUUAUACAAAAUGAUGAACUUUUAUAAACUCUAUUUAACUAUUAAUAUAAGUUUAAUUUUUGGUGGGUGUUUUGUAAGUGCAAUCAAUUUUGAUAUUAAAAAUGUAGUGAAUAUUCAGUUAAAUCCUAAUGACAGAAUUGAAGGAUCGUAUUUUGGAUAUUCUUUACUAUUGCAAAAAGGAUCUAGCCCACUGGUAAUAGUAGGGGCUCCAAAAUUCAGUAAAAGUACUGGAGGUAGAAUAUUUGCAUGUGAUAUUUUAAAUAAUAAUGGAUGUGUCCAGUAUUCCAUAGAAGUUGGUAACAAUGGCACUUUCAAUGGUAACUUUUUUGGUUCUUCACUUGAUGGCAACGAUGAAUCCGGCAAAGCUUUUAUUGCGUGUGCUCCACGAAAAGUAUUACCAGUAGGAAGAGGACCAAGUCUAAAUUACUUUUUAAAGGGAUCGUGUUUUUUUAAAAGAAACUCUUCGAUUACUGAAGGGGGAUACACCGAACUGAUGCCUUUAAGAAGAGAGAAUCCAGUUGGAAGAGUAGGACGUGGGGAGUACUAUUAUGACAAUGCUUUUGGACAAGCUGGAAUUGAUUUAUUUUUUAGCAGAGAAACCUCUUCAGUUUUACUAGGAGCUCCUGGCAUUAAAAAUUGGAAUGGUGCCAUUAUUUCUCAGUCGUUGAAAACAUUGACGGAUUACACAGUUAUUCCACACAAGACUAGUCCCGUUAUAACCGAAAACUAUAGUUACUUAGGUUACAAAGUGGGUCGCGGGUAUCACACAGAUUCAAGUUUUAUCUACGCUGGAGCCCCAAGGGCAGAAAGUUUACUGGGAAAAGUGAAACUUUUUAAUGAUAAAAAUGUCAACUACAGAAGUUUCAAAGGAGAUGAAAUGGGCGCCUAUUUUGGAUCCGCUAUCUUGGCAUACGACGUAAAUGAUGAUGGAGCAGAUGAUCUUUUUAUUGGAGCUCCAACGGCUGCAGGUUCUAGUUUUGAGGAAGGCUGUGUAUACUUUUAUAACAAUGCAGCUGGAACCCCAAUAAAGCUAGUUGGAACUGGAAGAAGAAGAGCCAGAUUUGGAACUAAUAUUGUAGCUUUAGGGGAUAUAGAUCUUGAUUCAUUCAACGAUGUUGCAAUUGCCGCUCCUUUUGAAGACGAUGGCAGUGGUGCGGUGUACGUAUUUAUGGGAAGCAGUGAUGGUAUUAAAAAUGUUUAUAGUCAGCGACUAGUUCCUUCAACCUUUGCCAAUCCUGCACUUAACGUCAAAGGCUUUGGAAUGGGUAUUUCAAGAGGAAAUGAUAUAGAUGGUAACGGUCACAAUGAUCUUGCAAUAGGAGCUUACAAAAGCGGCCACGUUUUUGUUAUUCCAACUAAAUCUGUAAUUGAUUUCCAUACAGCUUUAGAAUCAAACAUGACAGCUAUAACCUCUAAUGACAACUUUGUAACUUUAUCAUAUUGCAUUAAUUUUAAACCUAGAAGCAAAGAAAGCAACAUACAGUCGUUGGAUUUUAUUUUUAAAUUGACUAUGGAUUAUAGAGUCAAAGGAUCAAAACUUUACACGGAAAAUGUCACUGUGUUUCUAGAAAAGACUCUCUGUAAAUCAUUAGACAUCAACCUUGAGCAAUCUCUGGCUGAUGUAUUACCCUUUACUUUUAUAUUAAAUACUGAACCUAGUGAUAAAAUAUUUGCGGAGGGUACAAGCAGGAUAGAAAAAUCCAUUCCUUACUCUCAUGGAUGUGGAACUGACAAUAUUUGUCAAACACAAAUAUUAGUUGACGUAUUCUCUGAAACAAAGAACAUUAUUUUGGGUUUAACUAAAACAUUUAGUGUUAACGUAAAAGCCGAAAAUGUUGGCGAACCCGGAUAUCAGUGCAGUAUUUAUAUGGAAGUACCCAAAGAACUUGAGCUGAGCGACGAAAGAAAAUGUACUUCAGAAAACUCAACGUAUAUUUGUCCAUUCGUGUCGAGACUACUUGAUUCAACGGAGAAAAAGAUAAAUUUUGAUGUAAAUAAAAUUCAUCCAACUACGCUGGAUAUUUCCGUUUCCUUCGAAAUAAAGUGCUUGGGAGAAAACAUUGAAAAUAAAGACCAGGUUGAGUUUGGUAUUAUUGUACAAAAUUAUCCAUAUAUCGAAGGCAAAUCCGAUCCAGAAGAUUUUGAAUAUAAUGACGAAAACGCCGAAGAAGAUAGGGAUGUUAUACUCCAUCAUACAUUUACACUUGGAAAUUUUGGGCCAUCUCCGGUAAAAACUGACGUGUAUCUAUUGAUUCCUCAAUUGGAAAUAGACAAUAAAGAUUUGUUUCAAUUAGUGGAAGCAAAGGGCAUUCUAGAAGGCACACAGAUAUCCUGCUAUCCAGGAAAUCUAACCGACACUAGUGAUGAUAUAGGCGACAUUAACUUGGAAGAAAAUUCAUCUACACAAAGGACUGUAUCAAUGAGUUGCUUUGAAAAAAAUAAAUGCUUAACACUGUUUUGCGAAGGGGAUUAUUUAGAUUCAUCUUCAGCAACUGCAAAAUACAGUUUAAAGGUGAAAACCAGUACCAAAUUAUUAGCAAAUUAUCUUCUAGAUCUUCCGGAUAACAAAAACAUACUGGCCUACACUACAUCAGCUUUUCUUUAUAAUGGAACUCGGGUGGAAGGUCAUGCAACUACUUUAUUAUUAUCUUUACAUGCAACACGAGUUCCUCUUUGGGUAUACGUUGUAUCUGGAGUCGUGGGAAUCUUGCUCUUGUGCUUGCUAAUCUUUAUUUUUUACAAAUGUCACUUUUUCGACCGUCACUAUAAAGAAAAAAUGAAUGGGGAACGCCUGAUGGAUCAACAUAUUGAAAUGGAACAAGAAAACCAUAACCCAGAGCAGGGUAAAGAACAAGACGAGGAGUCACUAAAAGAUAAUAUCUAGUCUUGGAUAAGCUAAGUUAAGCCAUACUCAAAGCAAACAAAAGUUUUCUUAAUUUAUGUUAUAUACACAGAAAAGUUUUUAAUAUAGGGUAGAUUAAAUAGCAUAGAUAGUACAAUGUAGCAUAAUGUUUUUUUAAUAUAUUAUUUGUGAUAUUAUUAUUUACCUAGGUUUAUCUAUUAGUUUGCGAAGAAGAUAAUGUAAAGC